UUUUCAAUUAAAGAUUAGUCGUGGCUAAUUUUGUGCCAUGGUCACACUGUUCAUUUAUUUACAUUUUUGUGUAUUGUUGAAAUCGGCAAAAUUACUUUAAACUAGAUCAUUAACCAUGCCAAAAGUAGUAUCGCGCAGUAUUGUCUGUUCGGAUACCAAGGAUCAAGAGGAGUACAAUGAGGAGAAGCCGUUGAACAUUUACUAUUGCCUGUGCAACAAGAUGGCUUUGAUUCUGGACUGCACCCUGGACCAGUUGCCCCUUCGGGAGGUGGACAAUGCCCGCGUGAUCAAUGCCAACGACCAUGCCAACAAACUCACCUACAAUCCCACCCCGAAGAUGAUAUACAUAAAGCGGAAAAGCAGAGGCAAUGCGAUAGAGAAGCAGUACCGGUAUAAGUGCCGCAGCUGCAAUCUGCCGCUUUACUAUCGCCACAGCCCCGACUCCCAGGUGACCUUCAUCAUGUUCAAUGCCCUGAUCCGCAACAAGGGUGAGAGUCCUCUGACCCAGCUCCUGAACUCCGAGGCCAAGGGCAGCGCUAAAGCUCCUGCUGCCAAGUCCGCUUCUUCGGCGGGGGCUGAGGAUUCGGGCAUAGUCGACGCCAGUGGCAAGAAGGUCAUGGUCACCAGGCACACCAAGAACAUGGGCAAGUUCAGCUCGGUCACGGUGUCCACCAUCGACGAGGAGGAAGAUGAAAUCGAAGCGCGCGAGAUUGCCGACAGCUAUGCGAACAAUGCACGGAUCAUCGAGAAGCAACUGCAGCGUAAGGGCGGAAAACUGAGCGACGUUGGAAUCAAAGGAAAAACAGAGGAUGCGCCUCCGCCUCAGAAGAAACAGCGCGGUACCUUACUGGAGAGAUAGUUACCAUUUUCUCUUUAAGUACACUAAUUUAAUAUAUUUGACGAUAACAUGAGCUCAAGUACACCUAGAA